UUAAUAAUUCUUAUCCAAAACGUAUUGGUUCGGUAGCCGAUAUUGAUCCCGUUAAUGCAGCAGCACAACAACAACAUCAUUUACAACAACAGCAACAAUAUUAUCAACAUAUGCCAGCAGUUCAACAGCAACAACAACAAAUACAUCACAGUGUACAGCAAAAACAGUCGAAACAAAGUUUGCGGGUUUAUCGUGCUCUAUACGAUUACGAAGCUCAGGAUGUUGAUGAAGUUAGUUUCCGUGAAGGUGAUAUUAUAUUCGAAGUGGAAUCAAUUGAUUCGGGCCUGGAUGACUGGUCGUGUGGAACGUACAGGUAAAACUGGUAUGUUGCCUGCUAAUUAUGUAGAGAAUGCGGUUAUAUAAUAGGGAAUGAAUACAACUGUUGCCAGUAAGAAUAAGGCCAAUAGUAAUAAUAAUGU